ACGCUUAUUCGUCAAGGUCAACAGGUUGGUCUUGGAUAAUUCGACGGCACGGACUAUACAAUUUUUGAGAUGGAAUCAGUGAAUAUAGCCGGAUAAAGGGGGAAGAUCACUCAUUAUCAGGCACAAAGCUUCUCUGCACAAUUUCCAAUUCAAUGGUUGACCAGAUGCGGGGCACGAUAUUUUCUACCUGUAGGUACCUGGUAGGGUUGUCUCUCUAUGAUCCGCCAAUGAAGCGAUUGACUGCAAUUGCCAACAGCAACCAAUUGAUCGGUCCCUGGAGUUUUUUUCUUUAUCGUUUUUCUUUUUUUCUUUUUUUUUUCUUUCCACAAGUCCGUCAAGACGUGCAGACUCGGUGUAACCCCUUUGGAUUCAAUCCCAGGGAAGGUAGAGGCUAUCUAAAUCGACAAUUCACUCGCCCAGCAAGUGUUUAUCGAGAUGAUCCAGAGCCUCUCUGGUUGAGGAUAAUGAGCACAAGAGAAUGUCAAAACGAAUGGAAUAGGAGGAGUUUCAGUUCCGAUAAUUGAACUCGCACCCUAGAGCUUUUUUUUUUUCUUUUUUUUUUUCAAAAAAGGUGAACUCUGAGCGCCAGAGAGUAAAAUUGCCUGCUCACAGCGUCCGACUGAUGCGGCGCAUAUAAGUGAGGGGAGUAAAAACAAUUGAAG